AUGAAUGCUAUUUGUGGGGUGUACGGGAUUUGCUCUUCACCAGAUAAUGAGACAGUCAGCUGUGACUGCCUCCCGGGUUACCGCCCCUUAGAUCCCAAUAACAUUGCUAAUGGAUGCUACCCAAAGGUCAAGUCGGAUCGUUGUAUAGAGAAGCCAUCGUUGACGAAUUUCACGGUGGAAGUGAUUGAUGAUGCAGAUUUUCCUAAUGCCGGUUUUGCAGAUUUGGGAAGAGUAACACCAACAGACGAGGAGGGCUGCAAGAAGGCACUCAUGGAUGACUGUUAUUGCAUGGUUGCUUCAUUCGUCAAUUCAACUUGUUAUAAGAAGAGGAUGCCAGUUCUGAAUGCUAGAAUUAUCCGCAAUUCCACAAAUGGGUAUAAGGCGUUAAUCAAAGUGCCGAAAUAUAUUAGUGAUGGAGGAGGCAUUCUGGAUGGUGAUCAUGGCAGAAAGAAGUCUGUAAGUCGGGGUCUACUGAAAACUGGUCUUUUCACAAGUGCGGCGUUUGCUCUGUUGUUCGCAGCUCUUGCCGUCUACUAUCACCCUGUAGUUGGACGACUCAUCAGACGAUCCAGAAGGCUCUCUGCAGAUGUGGACGCUAUGUUGAUUAACCUGAGAGCUUUUACAUUUAAGGAGCUGCAUGAAGCAACAUGUGGGUUCACAACAAGACUAGGUCGAGGAUCAUUUGGGAUGGUUUACAGCGGGACCCUGAUCAUAGAGGAUAAACAGAUUGAGAUUGCUGUGAAGGCUCUGGAGAAGAUAGCUGCUGCUGAACAAGGCGAGAAGGAGUUUGAGGCGGAGCUGACGACUAUUGGUUGA